CUGAGCCGGGCUUGUGGGGCAAAAUAAACAACGAUAAACUAGGCGACUCAAGAAUUAAAUGCUAUUAGGAUCAACGAUGUCAGUUUGAAAUAAACAGAAUCGGGUUCAGUCAGGAUAUGAAGGUAAAAACAACUGACGUUGUUUUGUAAUUUAAUUAAGAAACCAUCGCCUCAAAAAUAAGUUUAAAGGAACGUCAUGUGAUCAAAAAUAAGCCAAUAAGCGUCGAGCGGGAGGAGCAGUUAAGCGAGCCAGGAACCGAGUGAAAAUAAUAGGAGUGGAGCGUUUAGUUACAGUUUGGGAGUUUGUCUGCUCAGUUUAAAACAAAAACAACAAAAAACCUGAAAGAAAUGAAUGCGGGACAGUUUAUGAGUUUGUAGGCAGUGUGUGAAAGUCCCGACUGGAAGGCGUGUGACUGAGCCAGGCUUGGUUUUGCUGUUAUGCUGGUGUUUUUGAUUUGGUACGCUUGCGUCGGUGCGUUCCCCUGUCUCUGCAAUGACCCGUCAGUGCCAGCCAGCCGACCUCGAGUGCUCAACGGGCUGCAAGAGAAAGGCUCCCUGAACGUGCUCCUGAUAGUGGCGGAUGACCUGAGGCCUAGCCUGGGGUGUUUCGGUGACACAGUCGUGAAGUCACCGAACAUUGACCAGCUUGCUUCCAAAAGCAAUGUUUUCCACAACGCCUUUGUACAACAAGCUGUGUGCGCCCCGAGCAGGACGUCGUUUCUAACAGGUCGCAGGCCCGACACCACCAGGCUCUAUGACUUUGGUUCCUACUGGAGAGAGCAUGCUGGGAAUUAUACCACCCUUCCACAGCAUUUCAAAUCCAGCGGCUACAUCACCAUGUCUGUGGGGAAAGUCUUCCAUCCAGGCAUUGCUUCCAAUCACUCUGAUGAUUAUCCCUAUAGUUGGUCUACUCCUCCAUACCAUCCUUCUUCUUUUGAGUAUGAGAAAAAGAAGGUUUGCAAAGGCAAGGAUGGUAAACUACAUGCCAACCUCUUGUGUCCAGUGGACGUCUCAGAAAUGCCUGAAGGUACCUUGCCAGACAUGCAGAGUACAGAGGAGGCAGUCCGUUUACUGAAGUCUAUGAAAGAUGAAAGCCACCCCUUCUUCCUGGCUGUGGGGUAUCACAAACCCCACAUCCCAUUCAGAUAUCCUCAGGAAUUCUUAAAGCUGUACCCCUUGGAAAACAUGACCCUGGCACCGGACCCUGAAAUCCCCAAAGGAAUGCCUACGGUGGCCUACAAUCCAUGGACUGAUAUCAGGAAGAGGGAAGAUGUUCAGGCAUUGAAUGUCAGCUUUCCCUAUGGACCGAUCCCUCGGGACUUCCAGCUGCAGAUCCGGCAGAGUUAUUUUGCUGCAGUCUCCUACCUGGACACCCAGGCUGGGCAGCUCCUCAGCGCUCUGGAUGAUUUGGGCCUGGCCAACGAGACGAUUGUAGUGUUCACCUCCGAUCACGGAUGGUCUCUGGGUGAGCAUGGGGAGUGGGCCAAGUACAGUAACUUCGAUAUAGCUUUGCGUGUGCCGUUAAUAAUCUACGUGCCUGGAACGACCGCGCCCAUCCCUAAACCCGGGGACAAGACCUUCCCUUUCCUAGACCCCUUUCAGCACACACCAGACACAGCCUCUAAAGGCACUGUGGUCAGGGAAGUCGUGGAGCUGGUUGACCUGUUCUCCACAGUGUCUGAGCUGGCAGGGUUGACCGUGCCUCCCCCCUGCCCAGACCAUUCCUUCCACGUGGAACUGUGCACAGAGGGCUUCAGCCUGGGGGGCACCUUCGGCUCCAACGAGCUGAAGACAAACGCCGAGGCCAUUGCUUACAGCCAGUACCCGAGACCCGCGGACCUGCCCCAGCAAGACUCGGACCUACCUCUCCUCAGAGACAUCCGCGUCAUGGGCUACUCCAUCCGCUCCUGCGACUACCGCUACACCGAGUGGGUGGGCUUCGACCCGGCCACCUUCAGAGCCCACUUCCAGGACGUGCACGCUGGGGAGCUGUACUUCGUCGCCACCGACCCAAACCAGGACAAGAACCUGUACAACAUCACUGAGUACGCCAGUGUGGUGCAGAGGUUCAGGAGCUAUCUGGAAAAAUAAAAUCCAAAGACGUCUUUGAACACUAACAGCCUCCCGCAACAGAUGCUUCAUCCAUGUAGAUGCAUCUCAAUUAAAAGACCGCCUGCCUUUUUAAAGAGCGCUAUACCAAUUUCUCCAUUCCAGGGGAAAAUGACUGACAUUCCAGUGCUUCAGUUAAUGUUCAAAUAGUUGGGUGAAAGUGGCAGUGUGAUGUUGCUCGUGCAAGUUACAAUUCCCAGCAGCGAGCCUUUGAAUCGCAAUGGGUGGUUUCUGUCUUCUAGUGUUUAAAUAUGUAUGUUUGUGUAUCUUUUUUUGUAUUCAUGAAAUUUGUAAAGAAUAAAUGCAUGUGAUUUAGAAA